AGGGGCGUAAGUGGCAACUGUACAGCGGCGGGCUACCACGUGGCUAUGUUUUGGUAACGGUUCUCUCAAUCAGCUGAUGACGGCAGGGGGAGCGGGCGCCGGUGACCCUGUGGCCUUUACAAUGGUGUUUUACUGCCAACGCCACUGCUAUGACACCAAGUACACGACCAAGGUGGUUUCCUGCAAACCCGCCAAGCUGGACACGCUGGUGGACGGGAAGAAAAAGAAGAUAGCGUGUUAUGAAGUCACCUUUGAGGACACCAUUCUCUUCCCAGAGGGUGGAGGACAGCCUGAUGACCGGGGCACAGUGGGAGGCGUGGCAGUGCUGCGUGUGGUGCGCAGGGGAGGCGAGGCUGUGCACUACCUGGCAGAGGCACUGGAGGAGGGUGCCACCAUCACGCAGGAGGUGGACUGGACACGCCGCCACGACCACAUGCAGCAGCACUCCGGCCAGCACCUCAUUACUGCGGUGGCUGACGACCUCUAUGGGUAUGCCACAACCUCCUGGUACCUUGCUGAGGCUGUCUCUCACAUUGAGCUUGACACAGACAAGGUGACUGAGGAAGAAAUGGCUAAAAUUGAAGAAAUUGCCAACCAGAAAAUCCGUGAAGCAACUCCAGUCAGCAUUGUAGAGUAUGAAGCGUCAGACCCUAAAUUAAAGGAGAUCCGCACCCGGGGCCUACCUGAGGACGUGGUGGGGCCUGUGCGGGUGGUGACCAUCAAGGGCGUGGAUGCCAACAUGUGCUGCGGUACCCACGUGAGGAACCUGGCUGACCUGCAGGCGGUGAAGCUGCUGCACACAGAGAAGGGCAAAGGUGGCCGGAUUCUGCUCUUUUUCGUGGCUGGUAGCAGACUUCUCCGGUAUUUUGGGGAGUGUGUGGGACGAGAGCGUCAGCUGAACACCCUCCUGCACUCCUGUCCUGCCGACCACAUUCGCCUAGUGGAGAAGAAUCAGAAGGACCUGAAAACCUGUCAGAAAUCCUUGAGGGAAGCCUUCAAGGACCUUGCUGUGUGUGAGGCCAAGGCCUUCCUGGCCCAGGAGCCGAGGCCGCCCGUCUUCUUCCACCACCGCCGGGAUGGAGACAGUGACUACCUCAGUGUUAUCAUCAAUGAGAUCAAUGAUGAGAGUGUCCUGAAGGUGCUGACAGCAGGGGAGGACAAGGGCCCUGGCACCCUUGUGGUUCACGGCCCCCCCACCUUAGUGGCUCAGGUGGGACCCAGGGUGUGUGAAAUCCUGGAGGGACGAGGUGGUGGAAAGACUCGCUUCUCAGGCAAGGUGACGAGGCUGGGCAAGCGGAAGGAAGCUGAGAAGUAUGUCCUGGCAGUGAUGGACAGCUCCGUCACUGAGAGCUGAUGCUGGCAGUAGAACAGUCUGCAUGAACCAGUUGAUAUAGACUUUGCCAAGUAGGAGAGUUUUAUCAGAGGGGCUUGUGGAGUGGAAGAUGAAAGCAGUGAUUUUAUUUAUAAUUUAAUUUCUCUAUCAUUUAGGAGAGAAAGUAUGUAUUAGAUAGCAUAGGUAUGGAGAAAAUACAGCAUUUAUGAUUAAAUAUACACUGUGUUAAAUAUGGUAGCUCACACCCACAAGAUCUCUAGUCUAUAAAGUCGUCUGUGUUUUAUUUUCCAAGUUGUUCUGUACACAAGAGGUACAAGUAGUUGGAUAACAUUCCACACGAUGUCCAGUGAGGUGGUCACAUAUCAUCCAUGUAAGCAAUAAUUAAAGCUAUUCCUGUCACAGUA